GUCGGCUUUGACUCGCUGAGUGUCGGCCGUCUGGCCCUCGCCAUCAAGGACGAGUUCAAUGUCGAGGUCUCGCCACUUAUCCUCCUGUCGAACGGAAUGACACCGACUGAUGUCGCCCAGUUGGUUGUCGACAUCCUCGACGACAGACCGAUGAUUCCCCCGACCGUCCAUCUGGCUGCCGAGGCCGCCAAGCUCGACGAUGCGAGUGUGACGGCCGAGGGUCUCCCUCCGUUUGUCUAUCCCAAGGACCCUCGCGGCAUCGUCCUGACCGGUGCCACUGGCUUCCUCGGUGCCUUCCUGGUCUUUGAGCUGGCCCACAAGUUCCCUCGGGCCAAGAUCUACUGCCUGGUCCGAGCCCCGACCGAGCAGGUGGCUGUCGAGCGCAUCAUCAGCACGGCUCAGAAGCUGGUCCUCGAUCCGAGCCAGAGAGCCUUCCUUGACCACAACCUCAAGCCUCGACUCGUUGGACUGUGCGGCAACCUGUCGCAGGACAAGUGGGGACUCUCGGACGAGCGAUGGAAGGAGAUCAGCGAGGAGACCGACAUGAUUGUCCACAACGGCGCCGAGGUUCACUGGCUGUUUGACUAUGACAGACUCAAGGGACCCAAUGUCCUCGGCACUGCGACGGCCCUGAGACUGGCCACAACCCACCACCUGAAGCCGCUGCACUACAUCUCGACCAUCGGCACGAUCCCGAUGGCCAAGAAGGCAGACAAGCCGCUCGAGGAGACGAUCUACUCGGCCUGGAACAUCUCUGGCGGGUAUGGCCAGACCAAGUGGGUCUCUGAGCAGCUGGUCAACAAGGCACGAUCGAGGGGAGUGCCUGCGACGAUCAUCCGCCCAGCCGUCAUUGCUGGCGACAGCCAGUACGGAGUGUCCAACUCUGAUGACUACAUCUGGCGAUAUGUCAAGGGAUGCAUCCAACUCGGUGUUGCUCCGUCGUAUGCCACUCCCGUCACCUUGACCAUGGAUCCCGUCGACCAUGUCGCCAAGGUGGUUGCCGAGAUUGCCGGCUCGGAGGAGUCCCUGUCCAAGUUUGUGUUCCACAUCAGCGACUCGGAGCACAGUAUCCUCACUGAGACCAAGCUGUUCGAGAUUGUCAAUUCCUUUGGCUGGCCCGUCCUCUUUGAAACUCGUGAAAAGUUCAAGUACAUCCUUUCCACCAACCCCUUGUUCGACCAAAAUGCCCUGUUCCCGCUCAUGCACAUGAUGAUGGACAUGUCCUUCAAGCUCGACAACGCCAACACCCGCUCGAUCUACUCGCCAAGAAGUGUCUCAGCUACUUGAACCAUGCUCACUUCCUUCCCAACCCCAUCCAGCCGUCGAGCGAGCUGAAGGACGACGAGUAUCCCGAAGUCAGCAUCUUCACCCGCACCGGCCGCAACUGAUCAGCGGACGGUGACUCAGCAAUAGAUUGAUCAGGUCGUUUCUUUC